UCCGUGUUUUUCACGCUCUCUCUUCCUCCUCGCGCGUGUCUGCGCGGUUGUUCAACCAAAGAGGUUGGGCUUCUGUCAUUAAUUUAGGCCCAAAUGUCAUUAGGUCUUCUUCUUCGUUGUUCUUCUUCUUCCCUACCUCUUUCACAGAAAGUAACGUCCCAAGGAUUUUUUCUAUGACAUUUAUUCUCAGUUUUUCCAUUUAUUAAUCCACUCCUCAUGUAUUAUGAUUACGAUCUACCUCUUCGUUCACCCUGUAACCGCCUCGACCUCCAUCUAUAAAUACCGGCCCUCACUUCCAUUCACAGCACAUCUCAAACAAUUUUCUCAGACAUACGAUCUCCUAGAAGCAACAUAUUCAGAUGGCGAAUUCGUACACUCUGCUUGCCAAUUUGAGAGCCGGCCGAUGCUCUAAUACUGCUGAGGUCCGCCUACUGAGGUUCUGGGAGGCCAGAAAUAUCAACAAAGGAGGGGAGCUGAUGAGUAUUGAGUUGCUGCUCAUCGAUGAGGCUGUGGACAGAUAGUCUCAUCCCUUCCAAUGCUUUCAGCCCCGAAGAUAUGGCCACAGAAGAACCGUGCGACAUUACGUGCAGAUUUUGUGAUGGGCUUCUUGCUAUUCAAGAUUACCCACAAGGGUUCCCGCGACCAGAGAUAUCAACGGAAACGCAAAGAGUUCUGACAAGAGAGACGAUACAGAGAGCAUUUCAUGCUACAGAAGUAGGGUUAGCUUCUCAUUCUCUAAGCUGUGGAGUACAAUGCGAGUUUGGCAACUGUUGGCACUUGCUCUUUUGUUGGUGUGAUAUAUAAUAUAUCAUAUAUCAGAGUCCUCUUUUCAUGACGAGUCUUUGAGAUUAACGGGUUAUCUUAGGAAAGAACGGGAUCUGGUGGGAUCUCUGCUAUUCAGCUGUCGAGUGAACAUAAUGCUAACAAUGAGGAUGUUCGUUUUGAGCUUAAGGACUUGCAUCCUGAUGACCCGCAGAUCGUUGUGUUUAAGCAUGGAGUUGGCGAGUUAAGGGGAUCAUCCAAGUAGUUUCUCAUUCUCUCCAGCACUUGUAUUCUACUGUCAUAGAAGAAUAGGAUUCAAUGCUUAUGGAAAGAUGAUUCAAUGCCUUUCUCUUGAUACUUGGUUGUGGCUCAAGUUCUUGAUUUUGGUUAUAAUUUUGUUGUGAUGGUGCUUCUGCCUUCUCUGUGCUUUUAUGGACAGAGAUAAAUAAAAUUGUUUCUUUGUCUUUA